AUGAAGCUCGACGUCAAGCGUCAGCUGUAUGCUCGCAGUGAGCGAGUGAAAGGCGUCGACUUUCACCCUCAGGAGCCAUGGAUCCUCACCACACUCUACAGCGGCCAUGUCUACAUUUGGUCGUAUGAGACUCAACAAACGGUCAAGACUUUCGAGCUUACCGAGGUGCCUGUUCGAGCUGGUCGAUUCGUCGCACGCAAGAACUGGAUUGUCUGCGGCUCAGAUGAUUUCCAAAUACGUGUCUACAAUUACAACACCUCGGAAAAGGUGGCCCAAUUCGAAGCACACCCCGAUUACAUUCGCGCAAUCGCGGUUCAUCCAACUCUUCCCUUCAUCCUGACCGCCUCCGACGAUAUGACGAUUAAGCUCUGGGAUUGGGACAAGGGUUGGAAGUGUGUUCAGGUGUUUGAGGGCCACAGCCACUAUGUCAUGGGUAUUGCCAUCAAUCCCAAGGAUACAAAUACUUUUGCCUCUGCGUGCUUGGAUCGAACUGUCAAGAUUUGGAGCUUGGGCUCGUCUACCGCCAACUUCACAUUGGAAGCUCACGAGAGCAAGGGCGUGAACCACGUCGACUACUACCCUCACUCCGACAAGCCUUAUCUUCUCACCACUUCUGACGAUCGAACUGUCAAGGUCUGGGACUACACCACCAAGUCCCUGAUUGCCACGCUCGAAGGCCACACCAACAAUGUCUCCUUUGCUUGCUACCACCCAGAACUUCCCGUCAUCGUUUCCGGUUCCGAGGACGGGACAAUCCGAAUCUGGCAUGCCAACACGUACCGAUUCGAGCAAUCUUUGAACUACAGUCUGGAGCGCGCUUGGUGUGUCUCUUAUCAGAAGGGCAAGCAAGGAAUUGCUGUCGGCUACGACGAUGGUGCUGUCGUGGUUAAACUGGGGCGAGAGGAGCCUGCUGUCUCUAUGGAUGCGUCUGGCAAGCUUAUCUGGGCCAGACAUAACGAGGUCGUGUCCUCCAUCAUCAAGGGAGAUGCCUCCCUCAAGGACAAUGAUCCCAUUUCGCUUCCCACCAAGGACCUCGGAACUUGUGAAGUGUACCCUCAGACUUUGAUUCACUCGCCGAAUGGUCGUUUUGUCGCAGUUUGCGGUGAUGGCGAGUAUAUCAUCUACACGGCCCUGGCAUGGCGUAACAAGGCGUUCGGAUCUGCCUUGGACUUUGUCUGGGGCUCCAAGGAGAACAGCAACGACUUUGCCAUUCGCGAAUCAGCAAUGAGUGUCAAGAUCUACAAGAAUUUUGUCGAAAAGAGCGGCGGUCUCGAUGUUGGCUUCCAGGCUGAUGGUCUUACCGGUGGCGUUCUUCUGGGUGUUACUGGCCAGGGUGGCAUCUCAUUCUUUGACUGGGCAACUGGUGGCUUGGUGCGGAGAAUUGAAGUCGAGCCAAAACAUGUUUACUGGUCAGAGAGUGGAGAAUUGGUUGCCAUUGCUUGCGAGGACAGCUGUUAUGUCCUGAGAUUUUCUCGAGAAAACUAUAUCGAAGCUGUCCAGUCCGGCCAAGUAGAGGAUGACGGUGUUGAGUCGGCUUUCGAGGUUAUUACUGACAUUAGCGAAACUAUCCGAACUGGUGAAUGGGUUGGAGACUGCUUCCUCUACACUAACAGCACCAAUCGCUUGAAUUAUUUGGUUGGCGACCAGACGUACACCGUAUCACAUUUUGACAAGCCCAUGUAUAUCCUGGGCUACAUUCAGCGAGACUCCAGAAUCUAUCUGGCCGACAAGGAUGUCAACGUCACAUCGUUUGGCCUCUCGCUUCCCGUUCUUGAGUACCAGACUUUGGUUCUUCGAGAAGACAUGGAAACGGCCGCCGAGCUGCUACCCACCAUUCCCAACGACCAGCUUAACAAGAUUGCGAGAUUUCUCGAGGGACAGGGUCACAAGGAGCUGGCAUUGGAGGUUGCCACCGACCCUGAGCACAAAUUUGAUCUUGCACUGGCACUGAACCAGCUGGAUACGGCCCUCGAGCUGGCCCGCGCUGCCGAUGUGGAGCACAAGUGGAAGACAGUGGGAGAUUCUGCCCUGGCUGCAUGGGAUGUGGCUUUGGCGGCCGAGUGUUUUACUCACGCCAAGGAUCUGGGCUCAUUGCUUCUCCUCCACUCAUCUACUGGUGACAGGGAAGGGUUGGCAACUCUUGCGAAGCAAGCGCAGGAAGCGAACUCUCACAACAUUGCCUUCUCUUGCUCAUGGCUCUUGGGUGACGUCGAGCAGUGCGUCGAAAUUUUGACCAAGACGGGACGACUGGCCGAGGCUGUUCUUUUCUCACAAACGUACAAGCCGAGUUUGACCAAGCCCAUCGUGAAGGACUGGAAAGAGAGUUUGGAAAAGUCUAAAAAGGGCCGAGUAGCGAAACUUGUUGGAGUUCCCGAGGAUGACGGCGACUUGUUCCCCGAAUGGGAUGCGUGGCUAAAGGCCGAAACCGAGGGCGGCUUAGCAGCGAAUAAUCUAGCAGAAACGAACGGCGAGCAAGACGAAGCCGAGAUCGAGAAGCAAGAAAAGACGAAGGCGGAGGAAGAGGAAGAGGAAGAUGAGUAA